CUAAAAUUGUCCGAAACCCCCUACUGUCUUCUCUUCGUCUUCAACACCUGCCUUCCCGUAUCUUCGACUGAGCAACGCCAUUCGUCAGACCUACGACGUUCGCCGCCGCGCCUCAGCCUCGCCGCGCUCUGCCUUGCCUUGCCGCCGCCGGUUUAAACCAAUGGAACAACAGAAAGAGAAGCCAUCAACUGCUGCAAACCCACCCAUUUCUUCUUGUCGAAAGAAAAAAAACAAAGAAGCUACAUUCUUGGAGGAUUUGAAGGAUCACAUGGACGAGUUCAUUCAUGCAUCAAUGGACGAACACAAAUCAUGCUUCAGGAAAACUAUCAACAAGAUGUUCCGUAUGUCAAAAGUUGUGGCAGAUAAGAAUUCAGAGACAAGUGGAGUUGAAAGUUCUCUGCCUCUUCGAACAACAGUAUUUGAAUAAGUUCCCUUUCUUCCUUUGUUCAAGGAUAGUUUGUCUGCAUCUUCAACUAACUCCAUGAAAUCUCAGGAUUCUUAUUUUGAUUUAUUUCUACUGUUUAUAGUCCAUUAUGCUUUUGUCCAUGUGAAAUGUUACUGUUGUUUCUCUUGAUGAGUUAUAAAAUAGCUGUUAUUUUUGAGACCAGCAACCAA